GUCCCUCCUCCUCGCCGCCACUCCCGCGCGCGCUCCCCGGCUCCCCGGCUCGCGCCGCUCCAUGUAGCCCCGGAUCCCCGGGAGACCGAGGAGGAGGGGGCGACCACAAGAUGGCGGACCUCUCGCUGCUCCAGGAGGACCUGCAGGAGGACGCGGACGGAUACCUGUGUGCACUGAGAAGUUUUGUUGACAUAAAUAAGUUGAUGGAAAGGAUUUUAACAGUGUCGCUGAUUUCCUUGAAUUUCGUCCAACUCAUAUGUUAAAUUUUCAGAACAAAUGUGACAUUGAGGUGGAGAUUCUAUGAAGUACUUGCAAAUAUGGAUCUGGGGGUCAUGGCAGGAGAACUCUGGAGGUAAUCUGCAUUCCCUGGACUUUGUCUCACAAGAUGAAAUGUUGACGCCACUGGGGAGACUGGACAAGUAUGCUGCAAGUGAGAACGUAUUUAACAGACAAAUGGUGGCCCGGAGUUUGCUGGACACGUUGAGGGAAGUCUGUGAUGAUGAAAGAGAUUGCAUUGCUGUUUUGGAAAGAAUUAGCAGAUUAGCUGACGAUUCAGAGCCAACUGUGAGAGCAGAGCUGAUGGAACAGGUGCCUCACAUUGCAUUGUUUUGUCAAGAAAACCGGCCUUCAAUCCCAUAUGCUUUUUCCAAAUACUUACUACCUAUUGUGGUUAGAUAUCUCGCAGAUCAGAAUAAUCAGGUAAGAAAAACAAGUCAGGCAGCUUUGCUGGCUCUGCUGGAGCAGGAGUUAAUUGAGCGAUUUGAUGUGGAGACCAAAGUGUGCCCUGUCCUCAUAGAGCUCACUGCCCCAGAUAGCAACGAUGAUGUGAAAACAGAAGCUGUGGCUAUAAUGUGCAAAAUGGCUCCCAUGGUUGGGAAGGACAUUACAGAGCGUCUUAUCCUCCCUAGGUUUUGUGAGAUGUGCUGUGAUUGCAGAAUGUUUCAUGUUCGAAAGGUCUGUGCUGCCAAUUUUGGAGAUAUUUGCAGCGUGGUUGGCCAGCAAGCUACUGAGGAGAUGUUGCUGCCCAGGUUUUUCCAGCUUUGUUCUGACAAUGUGUGGGGAGUCCGGAAGGCUUGUGCUGAAUGCUUCAUGGCGGUUUCCUGCGCAACAUGUCAAGAGAUCCGGCGGACUAAAUUGUCAGCACUGUUUAUUAAUUUGAUCAGUGAUCCUUCACGUUGGGUUCGCCAAGCAGCUUUUCAGUCUUUGGGACCUUUCAUAUCUACUUUUGCUAAUCCGUCUAGCUCAGGCCAGUAUUUUAAAGAAGAAAGCAAAAGCUCAGAAGAUACAUCAGUAGAAGACAAAAAUAGGAUCAGAGAUCAAGAAGUCCCAGAGGAUGUACAAAUCAGGCCAGAGGAUGUUUCUUCAGAUCCCAGUAUUAGUAAUUCCAGUGUCAAACUGGAAAACAUGGUGGAAGAACAUGCUGAAACAUCUAGGAAAUCUCCAGGUGAAAUAAGUGUUCCAAUGGACAGCUCUUUACUUUGUACUUUGUCCUCAGAAUCUCAUCAGGAAGCAGCUAGUAAUGAGAAUGAUAAAAAGCCCGCUAACUACAAAUCUACAUUACGGCCAGAGGGUGGCACCAGCUCACCAGAUUCAGCUCUCUUAGAUCAGGAAUUGUACAACUCCUUCCAUUUCUGGAGGACUCCUCUUCCUGAAAUAGAUCUAGAUAUAGAGCUUGAGCAGGGCUCUGGGAAUAUACUCAGCCCAGAGAGACCAGAAGAAACACCUGAAGUCACCAUACCAGGUUCUUCAAAUAUCACUAUGGCCACCAGAAAGGAACUUGAAGAAAUGAUAGAAAAUCUAGAGCCGCAUAUUGAUGAUCCAGACGUUAAAGCGCAAGUGGACGUGCUGUCCGCCGCGCUGCGUGCUUCCAGCCUGGACGCCCGUGAGGAGGCCAGCGACGCCGAGAAGAGGAGUGACGGGCAGGACGCGCUGGGUGCGAAUGAGCUGCCAAACUGUAAAACAACUCACGACGCCUCCGUGCCUUUAAUCAGCGAUGCCGUUGAGAAUAUGGACUCUGCCCUUCGCUAUAUUCAUAAUGACUCGGACUUGAGCACCAACAGCAGUUUUAGCCCUGAUGAGGAGAGGAGAUCUAAAGUACAGGAUGUUGUGCCUCAGGCUCUGUUAGAUCAGUAUUUAUCUAUGACGGACCCCUCUCGUGCCCAGACGGUCGACACGGAGAUUGCUAAGCACUGCGCAUACAGCCUUCCUGGAGUGGCCCUGACGCUCGGCAGGCAGAACUGGCACUGCCUGAGAGAGACCUAUGAGACACUGGCGUCAGACAUGCAGUGGAAGGUUCGUAGGACAUUAGCCUUCUCCAUCCAUGAGCUGGCAGUUAUUCUCGGAGAUCAGCUGACAGCUGCAGAUCUGGUUCCGAUCUUCAAUGGAUUUUUGAAAGACCUCGACGAAGUCAGGAUAGGUGUCCUUAAACAUUUGCAUGAUUUUCUGAAGCUUCUUCAUAUUGACAAAAGAAGAGAAUAUCUUUAUCAACUUCAAGAGUUUUUGGUGACAGAUAAUAGUAGAAAUUGGCGCUUUCGAGCUGAACUGGCUGAACAGCUGAUUUUACUUCUAGAAUUAUAUAGUCCCAGAGAUGUUUAUGACUAUUUACGUCCCAUUGCUCUGAAUCUAUGUGCAGAUAAAGUUUCUUCUGUUCGUUGGAUUUCCUACAAGUUGGUCAGUGAGAUGGUGAAGAAGCUGCACGUGGCCACGCCACCCACGUUUGGAGUGGACCUCAUCAAUGAGCUUGUAGAAAACUUUGGUAGAUGUCCCAAGUGGUCUGGUCGGCAAGCCUUUGUCUUUGUCUGCCAGACUGUCAUUGAGGAUGAUUGCCUUCCCAUGGACCAGUUCGCUGUGCAUCUGAUGCCACAUUUGCUAACCUUGGCAAAUGAUAGGGUUCCAAACGUUCGAGUGCUACUUGCAAAGACAUUAAGACAGACCCUACUAGAGAAAGAAUAUUUCUUAACCUCUGCCAGCUGUCAUCAGGAGGCCGUAGAACAAACCAUCAUGGCUCUUCAGAUGGAUCGUGACAGUGACGUCAAGUAUUUUGCAAGCAUCCAUCCCGCCAGCACCAAAAUCUCUGAAGAUGCCAUGAGCACCGCUUCCUCAACCUACUAGAAAGCUUGAACCUCGGUGUCCUCCUGCUUCCUAGGGAGCCACAGGCUGACAGGCGCUCCACACGUGUGUGAUCUGGGACAGCCUCUGGGAGGAGGAGAGACCUUCCUCUCUUGCAGACUUAAUUGCAGGUGCAAGUUGCCUACACUGAUACCAGGGAUUUUAAGAGUCAAGAGAAAGUACAGUAAACACUAUUAUCUUAUCUUGACUUUAAGGGAAAAUAAUUUCUCAGAGGAUUAUAAUUGUCACCGAAGCCUUAAAUCCUUCCGUCUUCCUGACUGAAUGAAACUUGAAUUGGCAGAGCAUUUUCCUUAUGGAAGGGAGGAGAUUCCCAGAGACCUGCAUUGCUUUCUCCUGGUUUUAUUUAAAUAGGUGGAGUGGCAGCCAGAAGGCGGCUGUGAGCCGGGACGCGAAAGAGACCUUCAGUAUUAGCCCUGUUUCCACGCAGGCAAGGACCUGUCGGUUCUGUGGCCCUCUGCCCAGUCCGCCCUAAGUGUGAAUAGUUUUUGACGUGUGUAAAUGGGAAAGGAGAUUUUCGGGGGUUUCUCCUAAGGGCUUGAUGCUAACACUAAAGUAGAAUCCGAUUUUAACUCUUAAAUGCAGCAUAUUGCUGUGCACAUUUACGGAACGUUGGCCAAGUAUCUGUGUCCUGAUUUUCUUCAUGCUGGUCAUGACCUGAAGGAGUUUAUUGGCACGUGUGCUGUGUGUCAGGUGUUUUUACCUUGAUCACGACCGGCUGUGAGGUGCGGCUUUCCUUCACGCGCUGCACACGCCUGUAACCACUCUGGGGAGUGCUGCCGUCUUUAAUCAUGCUGUUUAACCUGUUGUGGCACAAGUUCUCUUGUCCAAAUAAAAUUUAUUAAUGAGAUCUAUAGAGAAAGAUGUAUACACUUCCGAUUGUUUUCUAGGUGUCUGCAAAUCCAAUCUGUGACCUGUAGCAAUGAUUUAGUAUAAAGUGGGGAAACUAGAUUAAAAUAUUUGUCUUUUAA